AACUCGGGCGGGUUGUCUGCAGCUGCUGUUCUGCUGUGGAGGAGAGAUGGAGGAGGAAGUCAGUACAGUGGUGGAUUUAACAACUGUUGCUUUUGCUGCUGCGGCGGGACCAAACUAGCUUUCUGUCGGCGCUGCAUGGCGCACGUCGGGCUAACAUGAAGUCUAUUCCGUGCCGAGACGUGCAGUCUGGAUCAGUGUGCAAGUUCUUGGGAUUACAUAAACUCCUACGUGUUUAAGGUGGAGACAACUUAGCACCCCCUACCUCAGUCCUUGACUGAAAUCACCAACCCAGUCUUGCACAGGGGAGACGCUCAAAGUACUCCCAAAACACUUGAAAUGGAGGCUCCUGAUGGCCACUGUGCUAGUAACGGCCAAUGCUCUCCUGGUAAGGAGAACUUGAGAAUGUCGACGGAUAUGUCAACACCUAAUGGACAGACAGUUCCUCAGGGUCCUAACUCCCCAAGUGAAGUGACAAUUAAGCAAGAGGAAGACACAGCAGAGGAGGCUGAUAACAGAAGCCCAGCACUUGAAGAAAUAGGCCAAACAGGGGAGGAAGGAGACCCUUUGGAGGAAUCCAUGACUGACAGUCCAAACAAUCUACAGGAUGGAUUAUCCGGAUCAAAUGUGACAGCUGAUUCAGGGAGUCGACAACCAAACGGUGACAGGCCGUUCCAGUGCAACCAGUGUGGUGUCUCGUUCACCCAGAAGGGAAACCUGCUUCGACAUAUCAAGCUGCACACAGGUGAAAAACCCUUCAAAUGCCCCUUCUGCAGCUACGCCUGCCGGCGGCGUGAUGCUCUGACCGGACAUCUGAGGACUCAUGCUGUUGGCAAACCACAUAAGUGUAACUACUGUGGACGAAGCUACAAACAGCGAACUUCUUUGGAGGAACACAAAGAGCGUUGCCAUAGUUACCUGCAGGGAAUUGGCUUGGAUCCGACCACCAACAACAGCCCCUUCACAGGUGAGGGUCCCAAAGAGCCAAGGCCCAUAGCAGAGUCCAACAACAUUGGUACCUUUGAUCGACCUCCUGUUAUUGAGAGAAUAAACAACAAUGUGGGAAAGAGAAAGAGCACCACACCUCAGAAAUUUGUGGGUGAAAAAAUGGUACGCUACAGCUACCCAGAGCUAGGCUAUGAGAUGGGUAUGAAGUACGAGAAGCAAGCUGAACUGUUGCCGCCCCACAUGAUGGACCAGGCCAUCAGCAACGCCAUGACAUACCUAGGAUCAGACACACUUAGGCCCAUGCUACAUCAUCCAGGUCCCCCUCUCUCUAUGGCUGAGGUGGUGCCAAUGGUCAAUCCCCUCUUUCACCAUGUCCUUCCCAUGAGCCAACGAGCAGAGCGUCCAGGAAACUGUGAAACACUUCCACCUCAGCCCCAUGACUUCUCUAGCCAUCCUGCCACAAAUGGGCCCACUGCUUUAACCAGGCAGGGUAAGCCCAACCAACCAGGGCAAGAUGAAUCUCCCAACCACAGUGGACUUGACUCUGCUGACUCAGCUCGCAGUAGCCCUCAAGAAAGGCAGGGAUAUCACGGACCACCUCAAGGCAUCAGAUCUCGAGCCAGUCCAGCGGUGGUCUUUGCGGGUGAGCGAGCAAUGGAGGCAUCACCAAGAGGGGGUGCAGGGAUUGGAGCCAGUAUAAUCCGAGUGGCAACAGAGAAGCCAGUCGGACAGGAAGGAGUGAGGGUGUUUGGACGGGAAGGCCAAGAGUUAAGGGCCUUCCAAUGCGAGCACUGUCGGGUGCUCUUCCUGGAUCAUGUCAUGUACACCAUCCACAUGGGUUGCCACGGAUACAGAGAUCCACUGGAGUGCAACAUUUGUGGUCACCGCAGCAAAGACCGCUAUGAGUUCUCCUCCCACAUAGUCCGGGGUGAACACACUUUCCAGUGAGAGGAUGGAAGGAAUUCAGGAAAAGGUGAAGAAGGUAAAGGAGCAAUAGCCUGAGAUCCAUCCUCAUUCCUAGACCUCUGAGACUGCACAACUGAAUGGCACUGUUAGAAAAGUGUAGCACAAUCAUAGCAUAGACUUCUUUUUAAGCUACUUUGUUGUGAAUCUGAACAGUUGAACAAUCAUAUGAAGGUACGGGCCAAAGACACAUUUUCUACAUAUUUAAUUCAUGCAGAAGCAGGAAGGUAAGUUUAUUUUGUCUUUUUAAAUGUUCUUGAAUUGUAAACCAGAGCAGCUGUUAUACGACUUUGAUUAGUUUUUAUGUGAGUCUUAUAUGAAAAUGUCUUCUUUUGUGCUUGCUCUGUCAUCAUGUUUUUCUUACAGCAAAUUCUUACUCAGAAAUGUAUUCACAAGAAUGUGUCUCUGCCUUUUGGGUUCACUGUCAUAAAUGAAGUUUGGCAUGUUUUCAUUCAGUCAGCUAGAAUGUCCUGAUUAACAGUCAUGGCAGUGGUGAUAAUUCAGACAGUCACUAUUUCAUUCUCUGUCAAAUAUUGGACCAUUUGUGAAAUUAUAGCAGUUUAUCUUUGGUUUGGCCUCACCACCAUGGUAUAUUACACAUGUCUGUUUUGGUUGUGACAUUGCUGUGGUCCAUAAUGAUCAUUAUUUCCCUCUUAAUAAUGGUUUUAGGGAACAUUGUCAUUGUUUCUGAACUGGAAGCAAUUUGUGCCCAAAGGACUUGGACUUUGGAUUGGAUUGGAUUUGAUGAUUGUCAAAUUGUGUCUAUUUGCAUAUUCAUAGAUUUGAACAGUUUUACUAUCUUAAAUGUUUACUUCUGUAUUAGCUUAACUUUGUAUAACUGCAUCAUUUAAACUAGAGAGGGCACAAAUGACACAAUAAAAUUCAAAGUCAAGAAUAAAAAGGGAGGUAACCAAUAUGUUUACUAUUGACCCUGACCAACAGGUACAACAGCAACAACAUUUGGUGAGGACUGGAUUAAAAGAGAUGGAUUCUCCAAUUCAGAUGUAAAAACAAAUACAACAUUGAUUUAUAUAAUCCUUUUUUUAACUUUUGGAAUACAACAUAAUUCAGAGAUUGAUAUUUUAAUGUAUGCCUUUUCCUUCCCUUGGCAGAAUCAUUGCAGGCAAUCAGUGGCAAAAACCACCCCUACAUUGAGUAUUUUUCAAAAAUGGGGGGGGGGGGGGUCUGACAAAAACAACAGCAAAAUCCAUCUACUGAUGCAUAAUACUAUUUUUAGCUCACAUUAAUUAUGGCUAUCAGGAUAAUUCUUUUCUUUCCACAAAAAUGAUGACAAAUACAAGAGAUGCUACUCAUAAAUUAUGUAUAUAUACGUUGGUAAGUUUUAUUAUUUACUUAAUUUCAACAUUGUGGAAGCUGAAGCCAAAGUUACAAAAGUAAUAUUGAUUACUGUGAACUUCAGAAAACUACCUCUUCUUAACCUCUGUAAGGUAAUGUUACAUUUAAAAAAACUCAAUACUUGAUAGUAUUGCUGUCAUUUAAUAGCAACUUCAAAAAUGAACAAGUUAGUUUACUCAUGGUUGUGCCACUCAUUGAAUAUGUUUGUUUUAUUGUCCAGAUGAAGGCAUGUUGGUGACUUAAAAACCAUUUCCUAAUGUUUAGAUUCUGUCGUUAUUCCACAGCUUCGUGUACAUAAUCUCAAACUCAACCUAAUAACAGAGAUAGAGCGCUUUCAUUAAAAAAGAAACUGCGUAGAUAUGAGAGAUUUUUUUUUCUUUUUUGUGGUGACAUAUUACCCCAAUACUGUUAAAAAAUAUCAGUAGUAUUUGUCAGAUUAGAUAUCUUCUAGUUAAAGCUGUGAUAUGCUUUAAUUAAUUAGUUUAAAAAAAAGAUUUUUGAACUAUAAUUUGUUCUUGGAAAAAUGAUGCAGCCAUACAAUUCAUUAUUAGCUAGCUCACUUUAGUAAAAUGUCAUCUUUAAUGCUUCAGUGAUUAAGCUGUACUAACACAUUGAACUUUUAUUUUGCUAGGAAAAAAAGGGAAAUGCCAUUUUUGUGGUUUUCUUGAGUAUUCAUUUGUCAUUUGAAAAAAAAGUCAAAUUAAACAUAAAAUAAUAUUCAGACCCCCUUCACUUUUUCAGUCUGGUAUAUUACAGCCUGAUGCUACAAUCAUUGAAAUUUACUUUUUUUCUCAGUUUACACACAGUGCCCCAUAAUGACUGAGUGAAAGUUGAAUUUUUUGGAGUAAAAACUUUUUUUUUAAUUAAAAACUGAAACAUCACAUUGACACAAGUUCUCUGACUCUUUUGGCUUUUUAUGUGGAGUUUGUUGCAAACUCCAAGCUGCCGUUCAUGUGUUUUGCACUGAGGAGAGGCUUCUGUCUAUCCACUCUGCUAUAUAGGCCAGAUCAGUGGGGGGCUACAGUGAUGUUUGUCCUUCUGGUACUUUGUCCCAUCUUCACACAGGAUCUCUGGAGCUUAGUCAGAGUGACCAUCGGGUUCUUGGUCACCACUCUUACAAAGGCCAUUCCCCCUGAUUGCUCAGUUUGGCUGGGUGACCAGCUGAAAGAGUCCUGGUUGUGUCAAACUCCCCCCAUUUGAGAAUUAUAGAGGCCAUUAUAGAGGCUCUUAUUAACCUUCAGUACAGCAGAAUUUUUUGUAGCCUCCCCCAGAUUUGUGCCUUGGAACAAUCCUGUCUCUGAGCUCUGCAGGCAGUUCCUCUGACAUCUUGGCUUGGUUUUUCCUCUGAUAUGCAUUGCCAGCUGUGAGACAUUCUAUAGAGAGGUGUGUGCCUUUACAAAUCAUGUCCAAUCAAUUUAAUUUACCACAGCAAAGAUUGAGAGACAUUAGCUAAAGUUCAAGUGUUAUUGCAAAGGGUCUGAAUACAUUGGUCAGUGGGAUAUUUCUUUUACUUUUUUCAUGAAUUUGACAACCUUUCUAAAGUUCUGUUUUCAUGUUGUCAUGGUGGGUCACUGGGUGUAGAUUAAUGAGAGCAGAUAAGGAUUUAAACAGUUGUAACAUCAGGCAGCUACAUAACAAAAUUUUAAAAAGAAAAAAACAAAUGGAAUAAUCUGUGUUUAUGUGAUCUCAGUUAGUAAAAGGAAGGCCCUUUAUUAAGAAAGUCUCACACAAAUGUUUCACCCAACUGUUUAAGGACAUACAAAAAGUGGAAUUUUUCUCUUCAAAGUUAUGAGCUUUUUAUUUUGUACUUACAAGGUAAAACUAUUGAUCAUGAAGCAAAACCACAAUGAAAGGAAAACAAGGAAGCACACAAAGUCCAGCCUAAUGGUUUUUGUCAGACGUGUCAUCUUAAAAAGGUCACCAAUGGAUGACCGUGUUCCUCUCGUCUUUGUUAUUUCUUCUCUAAGCUGCCGAGUUAAUGCAUUGUCCACAUAAAUAACUGUCUAUGCCUUUGUUUCCCUUGUUGCUCUGAAUAAGUUGUCAGAUCCUGGUGAUUCAUGGGGUCAUGUUUCUGGCAGUUUGAAUAACAGAUGCCUACACUUCAAGCAUGAGUGUUUGAUACUGGCAGACAUGCACAGUGAUAAUAUGAAGUAGCAUAAGCUGCAGUUGAGCAAAUGUUCUAGAAGUGUUUGAACAAUCUGGUUUGGUAUGACGGCAUUGGUCACAUAAUCAGAGUCAUGGAUCUCUUCUCUAUGAAACUUGGACUUUUGUUUAAAUUUACUUUGUGAUUAGGGCUAGUUAUCUGUGUUUGUUUCAAGCAUGUCUGUGGGGUCCGCCUGGCUCUUCAUGGUUGGUGCUUUUAUAUCUUUGUGAAUGCAUAUGCACAUAGGUGGAUUUAAGUCCUUCUUAAUCUGAUUUUAAAUGCCUUGAUGAGAAAAGAAACCAUCACAAACUGCUUAUAAAGCUCUUCAUGAAAAAUUUUGUCCUUGGCAGUCACAAUUGAGCAGAGUGGGGCUACAAAUUUCUGCAUUAGGGAAGUCGGCGAGCUGCUGGAUGUCUAUGCUGAGCAUGCCAUUUUAAUUUUUAAGCAUCUAAUUUUUUUAGCCAGAUUUUUUUUACUUCCUCCUGUUCACCACAGCAAUGUACACAAGAACUCUCACUCUAUCAUGCCUCCUUUUUUUCCCUGCAUUGCUCUAAUGUCACCACAGCUACGUUUGAACGUGUGUACUCCUCUGAAGGCACUGCCUGAAACUUUAGCAUUCCAAGUCAUGUCUAAAAACAUGUUAAACUCAUGUAAACACAUUGUUGCUGUUAAGAUGGAGAUAAGCCAGUUUCCACCUUCAUUUUCUGGUCUAUUAUUUACUGUAUGUUGAAGGAAAACAGAUAACAUCAAAAUGCUAGUCGCUGCUCAUGGGUUUCUCUCUACUGUCUACCUGUAAAAGGACUCAGAUAAGACCGGCCCUGCACUUUAUGUUGUUUUUUAUUUUGUUGAGUUGUUUUCAGAUUAAACCACACAUAAACUGGAAACCAAACUUUGAUGAAAAGGUAUUAUUUUUAGGACAAAUUUGACCAGAAGACUUUCUUUUCCAAUCCUGAUGAACAUCCUGUUAACCGUACUUAUGACAAGUUUUGCAUUAUAAUGGCUGCUCCAGACUGGGUGUGUGUUUGUUGUGUGACGGUUGAGAUGCGUGUCCACUCUGGCUUGUGCUGUCUAGACUUUCAAACCAGAUCUGCAUCUCCCUGCUGUACAGCCCGGUCUUUCUUUAAACACUUUACCUCACUAAAUCUCCCCACAAGUGGCCUAAGUGAUCUGGGAAAUUUCAGAAUAAAAGCAUUCUGUUCAAACAAGGUAAAUUUCUCCACAGACGUACCAAACUGGGUUUUAUUUUGAAAAGCACAAGCCAGAAGUGUAACGGGGCUGUUUAUCAUGUCUGAUACAUAUUCCAGUAAUGUGGACAUGCAUAUAAAACAAGGUAAAAAUGACUGCAUUUAUUUAUUUCCCAUUUAUAUUGGAUGUGAGAUGCAAUCAGGCGAUCUGAAAGCUCUGACUUGUUAACAUGCACACCAAAAUGAAAAUAGGCACCAAACACCCCGUCUGAAACAGCUGGAAGUUUCAUAUAAUUAGCACAAGAAUUCUCAAAGUUUUCACCCAUUUAUUUUCUAUUUCUAAUGUCUCCUUGUGAUCAAAAGGCAGCUUUUACUCCGUUUACAUGUUGCUUCAUUUGAUUGUGCUUGGUGCCCAGAUAUCAUAAAAUUUUACUGUCUGUUGGCACUAGAAAUUGUUUACACUUCACAGCUGUGAUAUCUUCUCUAUACAUUCCUCUGUAAAGGCAGUCAUAUAUGUUAUCUGAAGCCUUAUCUGUAAAGAUGCAGGUCCUGUCAGAAUUACAGAUCCUUUAAGUUUAUUCAAAUAGGAGUUAUUAUGACCCUCAUCUAUAAUCCACUUUAGAAACAAAACUUGUUGAAUUAGGUACACAAAAUUAUUCAAGUUAAAAUCUUACUUUAUGUCUCCAGAUAUUCUCCAGGUUAUAUUUGGUAAACCUUUGGGACCCAGACUUAUAUUUUCUUGUGCUUUUAACAACAUUGUGACAAGGAGAGCCUUACUUGCGAACAAUUCCUUUUAAUGAAGCAGCCAUAUGAUCAAAAACAAGCUUAAAAAAGGUCUUCUGUCUGCCCUCCUCAUGAGUGAGGAGUUUACUUGAAAAUCUAACUCACAGCAGUUGUAUCACAUUACGGGGAUGCUUUUUUUGUAAAUUUUGGAAAUGUGUCUGCCUAAUGUCUAUUUUUCUGCUGAAAUAUUAAUGCAAAUAGUUUUGUGAACUUUUGUGUGUUUUUUAAGUUUAAAAAUGUUUACAGAAAAUGUUAAAAGGCUGGGUUUAGGUGAAAUGUAUUUUUUAAGAAAUAAUAUAUGAAAGGUGUAUAUUUUGGCACUGAAUAUUGAAAUCAUUCAGAAUCGUGUGCAGAUCGAUCAUCCCUGAAAUUGAUUAGGACUUUCUAAUGUGAGGGCUCUCAGGUAUUUGCAUAGCUUGUGUAUUUUUAUGUCCUAAAACAUGUGAUUUAUUUAUCAAGAAAAAAGAUAACCAGUCAUUGAAUUUCUCUGGUAAUUUCUGAUGUCUUAAAACAGUCCAAGAAACAUUGAAUGUGGUGAAGGAAGUUAGAGGAUUGUUCAGCCCUGUUUUACACAUCAAUGACUUUAUAUGAAGACACUGCUGUGAAGAACACAAUGUAUAUUUUUAAGGCAUGGGUUUCUCUCUAUUAAACA